AUGGGUUCAUUUGGGAGUAAAUCAACUUCGGUAAAAAGUCAUGUAGAAGUGAAAGGAAAGAAAAGCCAGCGAAAAGAAAUGAAACCACUGGAUGCGAAACAAUCCAUCAGUAAGCCUGGAUCAUAUACAAAAAAGGAUCCAAUAACUGAUGUGGAAAUGAAACAAACCGGAUCAACAAUUAUGAGGCGUCAACGAGACAAAUCACUAAAGGAAGAACUUUCACGAAGAAUCAAAAUCGUAAAUCCGACUGAAAUGCAGCCUGAAUUGACACAGCAUAGUUUGCGAGACAAAGUUGGAACAUCGAAAUCAAAAGGACAAGUAACUCAGAAUCGUGAUAUGGAUAAAGAAAUUGAUGAUAACAUGGAGAAAACACAAGAACAGUGUACGAGAGAUAUAGGAAGUUAA